CCGCCGCGGUACAGGGGGCGGCUCUUGGACUAGGGCGGUUCCGGUUCCGGCUGCGGGGCCAACGAGGCAGCGCGCUGGAGCCUGAGCCUCCACGCCCCACUCCGCGGAGUGCGCCCCGGGAUGGGGCCGGGACCUCUUCAGCUGAUCAGCGGGGAGAGGACGGACUCCGCCCAUGUGGUCAGCGCGGGGCGGUGGCGUUGGCUCGGUCACUGCCCCGGCCCACCCCUGCCGCGGGGUCACGUGGGCGCAGGUGAGUCGGGAACUGGCCUCUCCCACCCCCACAGUCACACCUGGGAGGGCGGUGCCGUGUCACGUGACUUGCACCGGAGGCGCCCUACAGGCCCGGCCGAGGCAGGUAACUUGAUUUAAAGCAGAUAAAAUGGUGAAACUAAUUCACACCUUAGCUGAUCACAGUGAUGAUGUCAACUACUGUGCCUUCUCCUCUUCCUGCUUAGCUACUUGCUCCCUGGACAAAACAAUCCGCCUCUAUUCUUUAAACAACUUUACUGAACUUCCCUACUCACCAUUAAAAGGUCACACUUAUGCUGUCCACUGCUGCUGCUUUUCUCCUUCUGGACACAUUUUAGCUUCAUGUUCGACAGAUGGUACCACGAUGCUGUGGAAUACUCGUAAUGGUCAGACGCUGGCAGUGCUGAAGCAGCCCCGAGGCAGCCCUGUAAGAGUCUGCCGAUUUUCCCCUGACUCUGCUUACCUAGUUUCCGGUGCAGCUGAUGGUAGCAUUGUUCUUUGGAAUGUGCAGUCAUUGAAAUUGUACAGAUCUGGGAGUGUUAAGGAUGGUUCCUUGGUGGCAUGUGCGUUUUCUCCUAAUGGAAAUCUCUUUGUCACUGGAUCAUCAUGUGGAGAUUUAACCAUUUGGGAUGAUAAAAUGAGGUGCUUGUAUAAUGAAAAAGGACAUGAUCUUGGUGUCACCUGCUGUGAUUUUUCUUCACAGGCAGUUUCUGGUGGAGAACAAGGAUCCAGAUACUUCCGAAUGGCAUCUUCUGGUCAGGAUAACCAGAUCAAGCUUUGGCUUAUUUCACUUGCUGAUCGAUUAGGUUGUGAAUUAAAAUAUGAAUGCACAUUGAAUGGACACUCUGCCCCAGUCCUGGCUUGUGCUUUUUCCUAUGAUGGGCAGAUGUUAGUCUCAGGAUCUGUGGACAAAUCCAUCAUAAUACAUGACAUUAAAACUGGGAGCAUCCUGCACACUUUAACUCAGCAUACCAGAUAUGUUACAACUUGUGCCUUUGCACCAGAUAUUCCAUUACUUGCAACAGGUUCAAUGGAUAAAACUGUGAAUAUCUGGCAAUUUGAUCCAAAGCAACAUUGUGCAGGAAGUGGAUUGGAAGAUGAACCUAAGAUGUCUAUUGAGAACUGGUCAGAGGAAGAGGUCUCAGUCUGGCUUUGUGCACAAGGUUUAAAAGACCUUGUUGGGAUUUUCAAGAUGAAUAACAUUGAUGGCAAAGAGCUGCUGAGUCUUACAAAACACAGUCUGACUAACGACUUAAAAAUUGAAUCUCUAGGUUUACGCAGUAAAGUCUUCCGGAAGAUUGAGGAGCUGAGGAGCAAUGUGGAUUCUGUUUCUCUUGGUAUUCCUGAUGAAUUCUUAUGUCCUAUAACUAGGGAGCUUAUGAAGGAGCCUGUCAUUGCAGCAGAUGGCUAUUCCUAUGAAAAAGAGGCAAUGGAAAACUGGAUCAGCAAAAAGAGACGGUCUAGUCCCAUGACAAAUCUCCCUCUCCAAUCUCUUAUACUUACACCAAAUAGGACUCUGAAAAUGGCCAUCAAUCGCUGGCUAGAGACUCAGCAGAAAUAUAAUGAAACAACUUAGUCUUGAAUACACCAAUUGUUCUGUCAAAUUAAUUGCAAUGAAAUUGUAGGUAGUGGCAGGAAAUAACUAUCAGAAAUCUUAAAACACUGGAAAGGAAAAAGGUAAGCUUCUGUCCAUGAUGUCUUUAGUCUGUAACUCACAUAGAGUCCCUUAAAUGCAGAACUUUAAACCAAAAAAAUGAUUUUGAUGCCUAAUAAACUAUUAGAGUUUCUUUUUAAUAUUUGAGCUUUAAUUACAAUAUUUUUGUAUAAGAAAGUUCAAAUGCUAAUUGAAAAUAUAUAGGCUUGGCAGAAUUUGAUCUUUUUAU